AUGGGAACACCUCUUGAGUAUAUUGAAGUGGUGGUUGAUCUUGGAGGUCCGUUACAAUGGUUCGACUGUUUUAGUGGUUACAACUCCUCUACUUAUCACCCUAUAUACUGUGGCUCUUCUACAUGCGAUGUUGCGAAUGCUUUUGGUUGUAAUAUUUGUGGUGGUGAUAGAUUUGGAUGUAUCAACAGCACUUGUGGUCCUUAUCUUUCAAAUCCAUUUGAUCAAAACAUUUUGGCGGGUGGAAUUCUAAGCGAAGAUACCACAUCACUAUCUUUAAUCGAUGGUUUAAGGUACUUGAAUGAUGUACUUAUGCGCCGCCUUCUUUUCGACGGGUAUGGGGACAUUUUCAUUGGUGGUGGUCCUUACUAUAUGCCUCCUUAUACCAAAGAUCUGUCAAAGGGUCUUAUCAAAACCAAACUUCUCAUUAACCCUGUAACCGCCCUUCCACUUAUUUCAGAUCUUCCUUCUGUUGAAUAUUUCAUUGAUGUCAAGUCCAUCAAAAUAGAUGGAAAAUUUGUUUCCUUCAACACUUCUUUGCUCUCCAUUGACAAAGAAGGAAUGGGAGGGACAAAACUUAGUACAGUUACUCCAUACACAAUAUUACAUGCUGCUAUUUAUAAGGCUUUGUAA